AUGCAAUAUCUGUGCGAUAAAUAUGCUGAUGAGACUCCAUUGUAUCCAAAAACACCAAAAGCAAGAGCUUUAGUUAAUCAUCGUUUAUGUUUUAAUAUGUCAUUCUAUUAUGCAAGUAUAUCACCUUAUACUAUGGCUCCCAUCCUUUUUGAUUACGAACGGACCGAAUUGGGCUUGAAGAAAGUACGGAAUGCUUUAAGUGUUUUUGAAACAUAUUUGAGACGUUUAGGCGCAAAAUAUGCUGCAGGCAAUCAUUUGACUAUAGCAGAUUUUGCUUUAUGUGUCGAAGCUAUUGAAUUUGAUUUGAAAUCUUAUCCUUUAGUAUGGAAAUGGUAUCAGACAUUUAAACGUGAAUAUCCAACUUUAUGGGAUAUUGGUAAUACCGGAAUGAAAGAAAUUAUCCACUUUGAGCAGAACCCUCCGGAUAUGUCACAUAUGCAACAUCCAUUCCAUCCUACAAGGAAAGCUUCUACAUUUUAA